AUGCCCAGCCUGCUCACCUACGUGGGCAUACCCAUCGCGCUCGCCGCCCUCGCGUACCAAUUCCUCUCCGGCCCCGGAAGCAGAGCGCACGACGUGUUCGGACUCGGGCGCGCCCUCAACUACACCUCGCACACAUGUACGCCCAUCCCCGAACUCGAAGCCUGCGAGGAUAUGUACCUGCACCACGCCUCCGGCCUGCUCUACCUCGCAUGCUCCGACAUCAAAGGUCGAUUGGCAUGGACCCCCGCGGUGGACCAGCUCGACGUGACUGGUCGACCGAACACGGACUAUCUCGCCAUCCUCGAUACGCGUGCUUCCGGUCCUUUUGCGAGUAGGAUCACCAAGAUCAAGCCCGUGUCUUUCACGGGCACGCUCAACGUGCACGGUAUCUCUGUGUUCGAGAUUCCAGCGCAGUCGUCCGAGCUCAAACCGACGCUGAGGAUCUUCUUGAACAACCACCGCCCGCCGAUUGAUCCUGUCACCAAGACCGUCCUGGACGCAACCAAAGUCGGGGCCAACUCGACGUUUGAGCUGUUCGAGACCACACUCGGCGAGGCGAGGAUGCGACACAUCCGGACCUACGUCGGUGACGCCAUCCGCACCCCCAACCGCCCUGCCGCCGUUGGUCCGGACAGCUUCGUGUUCACCAACGACCACGCUACCAAAGUCGGCGUGACGCGAGUGCUCGACCUUCUCUUCCCUCGAAGCGAUGUCGGAUUCUGCGACAAGAGCGGCUGCAAGAUCGCCGCGCCCGGUCCGUACACUUACCCUAACGGCGUUGUGCGCUCGUCCAAGUAUCCGAACCGAUUCUACGUGCCCACCACCGCAGACCCCAACAUCCGCGUCUUCGAGCUGCAGGCCGACAACACGCUCUCGCUCAUCGACGUCAUCCACAUUGGCUACCCUACGGACAACCUCACCGUCGACGAAGAGGACAACAUCUACGCAGCGUGUUUCCCCAAUGUCCCCAAGCUGUUGGCCAAAUUCAAGGACCCGUACAACAAGCAUUCGCCCACCACGGUGCUCAAGAUCAGCAAGAACCAGGGCCACGACAAGUUCUUCGGUAAGAAGUGGAACGUCGAAAAGAUCUUUGAGGACGAGGGCACGGGCAUGAGCGGCGCCACCACGGCAAUGUGGGACCAGGCGAACAAGCUGCUUUGGUUGUCGGGCGUAUCGAGCAUCAGCGCCGUCUGCAAACUCUGA